AAAAGAUGGCGUCAACUGAGAAAGAUGUGUUAAGUUGUUUGUGCAUUCAGUGUUCUAAAAAAGUGAGAAAUGGGCUAAAAUGUGUGAAGUGUGCCUUAUUAGCUCACCCCAGCUGUGCUGAACGAAUGAAAAAUGUUAGAAUUGUUGAAGAAGGAAUGAUCUGUUGUGACACAAAUUUAAAGGUUGACAGUGAGAUUAGUGCUGAAAGUGUAAUUACUGAAGAUCUGAAUAUUUCUGAAGAACAUAUCUUAAAGAGGGAAGUAGAAUACUUAAAAAUUAUACUUAGUCACAAAAAUUAUAUAAUUCGUGAACUCCAAGAAAAAAUUAAAUUAAUCCAAAAUAAUACAGCAAAAAACGUAAACAACCAGUUUCCCCUUUCCCCUCUGCCAGGCGAAACCUCUGUUGACAUUGGCAAUUUAAGUGACCUCCAACCAAGCUUAAGGUCAAUGAACGUUAAAGUUUUUAAAAAUGGUAACACAGUGUCAGAUAUGGAUGCAAAACCUAGCCAUUCCAAGUCCACUUCACCUGACAUUACUGUCAUUAGUGAUAAUAUCGGAGAGGUUAAAAGUCGACUUAAAACAGCUGAUAACAACCAGGUUGUAAACAAUAAUAGAAAGCAUAUAUUUAGCAAGAAAGAUGUCAGCUACGCUAUCCAUGAUGCUGUAAAUCAACAAACGUUUUUGGAAAUACAAAAUUUAGAAGAAACUAAUGAUGAAAUUAUGAGAGGUGAGUGGCUGACCCAGAAUCGUCGUAAGCGUAGGCGUCAAUAUUUAAUUGGUGGAAAUGAGGUGGAAAAAUCGGUGGAGACCGUCCCAAAAUUUGUGUCUCUGCAUGGCACACGUCUUAAACCGCAAACAACCCCUGAUAACCUACAUAAAAUGUUAGCUGUAUCAUUUCCUGAAGUCCAAUGUGUGGUACACAAAUCAAAAAUGCCAGAAGCAUAUAGUUCUAUGAAGGUCACCAUUAAUCAAGAAAACCUAAAGAGAGCUUGGAACAAAGAUGUUUGGCCAAAGGGUGCAGUGGUGUCUAAGUUUUUUGUGAAGAGGAGGGUGCCAAUUUAACUGGAUCCUCUGUAAAAAGUAUUUCAGUAUUUCAGGCAAGUAGUUCAGAGAUAAAUAAUAAUCAUUUUAAAAUCAUUUGUGUAAAUUCACAGUCAAUAGCUAACAAAACAAGUGCACUUGAGCUAAUUUUAAAUAGUAACUGUCCGGAUAUUGUUUGUGUUACUGAGACAUGGUGUAAUGAAUUAAGUGUAAAUAGUAUUAAUUUUGAGAAUUAUUGUCAAGCUGCCUCAUAUAAUAGAAUUGAAAAAAUCCACGGUGGUGUCCUGAUAUUUGUCAGACAGUCAAUGUCAUUUAAAGUACCAAAGUAUUUAAAUAGUUUAGCAGAAGAAGUUAAUUUCGAGUGUUGUUGUAUAACCUUCAAUUUAAAUGUAAGUACAUACAUACUGUUUGAUAAACAUAUAUAGAGCACCCAGUGGUGAUGUAGAGAUUUUCAUGAACAAAUUAUUUUUAGCGUUAAACUAUUGUUAUGAUCAUUUUAAGUAUGUUAUUGUAAGUGGUGAUUUUAAUAUUAAUUAUCUGAGUGUGUCUCGGGAAAAGUCUUUACUGAAUGACAUUAUUGAAAGUUUUAAUUUAACUUGCCAAAACUUAGAACCUACUAGGAUUUUUACAGAUAAAAACGGCAGAACAACAAAAUCUAAAAUUGACUAUUUUAUUACAAAUUAUCCCCUACCAUAUGAGGAAA